AUGCAGGGCUCAUCCGUAAAAGUAUUGAUGCAGGGCCCACCCCCUGCUAAAAUAAAGUAAUAGUAAUCUUGAGUUCUUACUGAAUGUUAUUUUUAUCUUCAAUAGUCCCAAUGACUCAGAAGACCUUAGGGAACCACCACAUUUAAGUCGUCCAUCCCCCACUCAUUCAAAUGUGGAAACUUCCAGUCUGACCCCUGCUGCGGUCUCUGGCUCCACACCAAGCCCCGCCCGGCCAUCUAGAGGUGUGAAUGUCCACAUUCCAGCUGCUGUAAAGAAUUACAACAAAAGCAUGGGUGGUGUGGACCUGUCAGACGCGCUGAUAGGCUACUACAAUAUCCCCCACAAUACAAUGAAAUGAUACAAGACAUUGUUCUAUCACUUCAUUGACAUUGCUGUGGUGAAUGCAAACAGCAGGGGUCUAGACAGCCACAAGCCCGGGACAAUCCACGGUCCCAGCCACAAUGGCUAACCUGCUUGCUUGAUAGGUAGCUAGCUCGCAGCUAGGUUAGCUGCUACGCCAAACAGCUCCUCAGACCUGGCCUUGGUCAGCAGAAUCACUGGACAGAUAGUAGAGGUCCCAGCAAGUGAUGCCAACCGCGUUGCGGCAUCCAAACUCAAAAGGUAGCUAGCUAGUAACUUUUUCAAUAGACUUUCAAAACUUUCCAAAACAACAAACCAAGCUCUCCCUCGUUCCGCGUUCAACAGGAAGUGACAACAUUGGCUGGAGGAAGAGGAGGAGGGGUGCAGGGGAGCUGGCAAUUAGCUUAGCAUUAGUUCAUCAUAAUCAGUGCAACCUUCAAAAAAGCAUUUUACACACAACAUAUGUGACCAUUACAAUGUAUGCAAGAAUCGGAAUGCAUGAUUCGUCACCAGUACUUGAAAACGUGUGAAUAAAACAAUAAAUACACUAUGCUCCAUACAUUCGGAAACUAUUCAGACCCCUUGAUGUUUUCAAAAAUUUUCAAAAUGUUGCUAAGUUACAGCCUUACUCUAAAAUUGAUUAAAUUGUUUAUUUUCUCAUCAAUCUACCAUAAUGACAAAGCAAAAACAGGUUUUUAGAAAUGUUUCCAAAUUCAUAAAAAAUCUAAAACUGAAAUAUCACAGUUACAUAAGUAUUCAGAUCUUGGGUGAGAACCUCUUUCCCUCAGCCAGGGCAUUGAAAAUGGGUCGUGGAUGGGUAUUCCAGCAUGACAAUGACCCAAAACACACGGCCAAGGUAACAAAGGAGUGGCUCAAGAAGAAGCACAUUAAGGUCCUGGAGUGGCCUAGCCAGUCUCCAGACCUUAAUCCCAUAGAAAAUCUGUGGAGGGAGCUGAAGGUUCGAGUUGCCAAAUGUCAGCCUCGAAACCUUAAUGACUUGGAGAAGAUCUGCAAAGAGGAGUGGGGCAAAAUCCCUCCUGAGAUGUGUGCAAACCUGGUGGCCAACUACAAGAAACGUCUGACCUCUGUGAUUGCCAACAAGGGUUUUGCCACCAAGUACUAAGUCGUGUUUUGCAGAGGGGUCAAAUACUUAUUUCCCUCAUUAAAAUGCAAAUCAAUUUAUAACAUUUUUGACAUGCAUUUUUCCUGAUUUUUUUGUUGUUAUUCUGUCUCUCACUGUUAAAAUAAACCUAACAUUAAAAUUAUAGACUGAUCAUAUCUUUGUCAGUGGGCAAACGUACAAAAUCAGCAGGGGAUCAAAUACUUUUUUCCCCUCACUGCAAAUACUUAUUAUGGACACAGUAUGCUUUACAUUAGUCAUCUUGUUGUUAUUAGUUGUCGUUAGUUGUUAUUAGUCCCAUCCUUCAGCUCCAUUCAACACCUCCCAUCUAUCUCUUAACACCAUACAUAUUGGAUUUCUAUUUGCCAUAUAUUUUUCAACUGUACUGUGAUGUUUCACAAAAAUUCUGAACCCUUCUAUUCUCAUUGUUUCUACAGAUUGUAAAUUGAAAAUAAACAUUUUUGCUAAAAGUAUUAUUAUAUUAUUGAACGAUUGACUUUUCAGAUCACCCAGUAGUGCUAUCUGCAGGGUUAGCUCCAGGUAAAUAUUGCAAUCCUUCAGCCAUUCCUGGACCUGUGACCAAAAACAAGCUACAAAAGGACAGUACCAAAACAAAUUAUCUAUUGAUUCUGUCUCUUCGCAGCAAAAUCUGCAGAGCUGGGAAGAUUUUAUCCCCCAUAUAAAUAACAUUAUAUUGGUAGCAAGAACUUGGUAUAAUAAUUAAAAUUGAAAAAUUAUACGUUUUGAAUCCGGCGUUGUUUUGCGUAUCAGUUCAUAAACACUAUGCCAUGGAAUCGGUACAUCAAAAAUCUCUUCCCAACUAUUUUGCAAUCUAUAUGGGACGGCUGUCAAUCCUUUCGUCCUUAAAUGAAACUGGUAUACUUUUUUAUUUAUCAGCAUUUUCUUUAACCAAUUAUGUUCUUUAAUGCAGGGCCCGACAGACAAGUUCCUUACUUUUUCUCCCUUCCACUUUCCUCUUCCGGUUUUGCGGUAAUGCUGCAAUUAUUUGGUUGUAAUUUUGGGUAGAGCAGACAUUUCCAUAUGUUUUUGUUAGCUGCAUGUGCAAACUAACUCCACCAGUCCUACCUAUGACAUAAUUUACGAAGAUUAUACCUUUUUUACAAAAAAUAAUGUUUUUUUAUCAAGUAGUAUAUUUGAGUUUAACCACAAUAUUUGUUGCAUUAUUUGUUCUGUCAUUUCUGCAGGAUUAAAUUGAAAUUGCAACCAACUUUAUAUGGCUUGUUUUAGAAAUAGUGAUAUUUGGGAGAUUAUUUCCUUUUCAAAUAACUGAAAGUGAGAGGUUGUAAUCUGAAUAAAGGGAAAAGGGCCAUUCUUGAACAUGGGGUGAGACAAUCUUACUAAUUUGCUAGAGAACCAGUUCGGAUUUAAGUAUAACUUUUGUAUGACUGAAGCUUUUAGUGAUAGGUCUAAUGCUUUAAUAUUUAAUAAUUUCUGUCCUCCGAAUUCAUAUUCAUUAUAUAAAUAGGCCUGUUUAAUUUUGUCUGGCUUUCCGUUCCAAAUCAAAUUGAAUAUUUUUUUCUCAUAUAAUUUAAAAAACUGUUCGCUAGGCGUUGGCAAGACCAUAAGCAAAUAGGUAAACUGGGAUAAUACUAAAGAGUUAAGCAGGGUAAUUUUUCCACAAAUAGACAGGUAUUUACCUUUCCAUGGUAGCAAGAUCAUAUGUAUUUUUGCUAACUUUCUAUUAACAAUCCCUCCCUGUUUCUUUCCAUCUUUCUCCAUCUCCAUCUCUCUCCCUGUCUCCCCCGUCUUGCUCCCUCUACUGUUCUACAUACAUUGGCUAAACAUCUCUCCACCCCUCCCUCAUCACUUUCCUACCCCUCUACCUUCCUCUCCUCCCCUCUCUACCUUCCUUUCCUCCCCCCUCUACCUUCCUCUUUACCUUCCUCUCUUCCCCCCUCUUCAUUCCUCUCCUUCCCCCCUCUACCUUCCUCUCCUCCCCUCUCUACCUUCUCUCCUCCCCCCUCUAUCUUCCUCUCCUCCCCUCUCUACCUUCCUCUCCUCCCCUCUCUACCCUCCUCUCCUCCCCUCUCUACCUUCCUCUCCUCCCCCUCUACCUUCCUCUCUACCUUCCUCUCCUCUCCCUUUCUCUCCUCCCCCUCUACCUUCCUCUCCUCCCCUCUCUCUCCCUACCUUACUCUCCUCCCCACUCUACUUUCCUCCCCUCUCUACCUUCCUCUCCUCCCCUUCUAUUAAUUAUAUUACCUUCUACACUUCUCUCUCUUUCCGCCACUCCUCUCCCAUUGUCCCAUCCCCCUCUCACUCUGUUUUCUCUGUCUCACAUAUUUCCUGCACUAUCCUUUUUAUAUCAACAUGAAGCCCCCUCACUCUCUCUCUGUAUCUCUCUCUCUGUUUCCCACUCUUUCUCUCUCUCUAUUUCUCUCUUUUCUGUCUCAGGUUCAAGGGUACGAAUAAGGGGGGUGUGACGGAGAAUGCGUCCUACUACAUCUUUACCCAGUGUCCCGACGGGGCCUUCGAAGCCUUCCCCGUUAAUGGCUGGUAUAAAUUUGUCCCCCAGGCCAAACACCGCACACUGACCGCCGAGGAGUGGGGCAGGUGAGGAGGGGGGAGGAGAGCAGAGGGGGGAAGGUGAAUGGGAGGGGGAGACAGGUGUGGGGGGAAAGAGACAGGAGAAGGGAAGAUACUGAGGGGAAGAAUAAAGAUUGGGGGUGCAACUUCACCCCUCAGGUAAAAACAUUAGGGGGUAGGGGCGGGGGGGUUGGGGAAUGUAGUGGGGUAGGAGAGUAGAGUGAAAAUGUGAUGGUGACACUCUCAAACACACAAUUCCUCCCCCCUCUCAGGAGGAACAAGGUGGUGAACCACUUCAGCAUCAGGCUCCAGAGGCGCCUGUGGGAGCAGGAGAGAGGGCCGGACGAUGAUGACGAGGAGGGCGAGAAGGGGGGGAAGAAGAAAAAGAAGGAGGAAGAGGAGGGGACCUGCGCAUCCAUGACCUGGAGGACGACCUGGAGCUGA